CACAUGAUGAAUUUAACAAUGUACUCAACAGCUCUUGUGAUUCUUCUGUGUUCACACAGUGCACCUGAAGUCAGCCUGGGCCUCCCCUUCUCUGAGGCCAUCGACAUGUGGAGUCUCGGCUGCCUGCUUCUCUUUUUGUACCUGGGCAGCGACCCCUUCUCCAGCUGCGAGUACCAGGCAAUGAAAGCACUGGUUGACAUGUUGGGAAUGCCGGCUGACCACCUCCUCAGUGCUGGGAGGUACACGCACUACUACUUCAAGAAGGACGAGCACUGGCCCGAACCAGGAUGGUGGAUUAAGGUAUUUUAGCCACAAUAUUUUGUCUCCCAAUGAGACAGCAGCUGUUGUCUGAUGUGUAAC